AUGUUCUAUGCACAGUUCGUGCUAUCGAAGAAGGGCCCUCUAGCGAAGAUCUGGCUUGCCGCUCAUUGGGAGAAGAAAUUAUCGAAGGCGCAAAUAUAUGAAACUAGUGUUCAAGAUGCUGUCGAUGAAAUUCUUAAACCAAAAGUGAAAAUGGCCCUUCGUACAACUGGUCAUUUAUUAUUGGGUAUCGUGCGUAUCUAUUCUCGUAAAGCGAAAUAUCUGCUCGCCGAUUGUAAUGAGGCAUUUCUAAAAAUAAAAAUGGCCUUCAGGCCUGGUCAAGUGGAUAUUAAUGAAGAAGGUAGGCAAGCGACGAGUGCAGCGAUCAAUCUGCCUGAGGUUUUCCAUGAUUUCGAUGCGGCAUUGCCAGAUUUCAACGACUUGGACGUUCAAGCACAAAUGCAUAUCAAUCAGAGUCGUAUUGACGACAUUACACUGAAGGAAGAUGUCAUCACUGACUCAACUGAAAUGCCGUUUGGAGGCGAAUUUGGGGGUGAUGACUUUGGUGAGAACUCGAUUGGAUUUUUCGGGGAAGAGAUCGAAGCGGGUCGUGAUCGACUGUCGGAAGUAGUUGAACCGCACGAAGGUUCAGCAGCUACAACUUUGCUUGAACCAUCAUCACUCGGCAGCACAGCUAAACAAGAUGCGUUUACUGGUCGUCAUAUCGAUAUCGAUCUUGGCGAUCAUCUCGGCAUGCCAGUACCAGAUGAUGAUUUCGGUGAUUUUGGGACUGAAGGCAUGCUUGAAGAUGUUCUCUUCAACGAGAGUGAACUGGCAAAAGGUAUCGAUGCCAUGGAAGCACCAGGAGCCGAACAUGAAACGCCGAUGGAAGCCGAUGAAAUGGGCACCAUUGGUGUGCCUGCAGUUGUUGCCGGUACGUUCCGGUUUAGGCGAUCACUGAUGAAUGAAAGUUUUGCACUGGAACCGCUCGAUGUGAGUGCGGUGGCAAUGGUCGGGAUGGAGAAAAGCAAGCCGAAGAGAAAACGACGACUUGUUAUCGAUGAUCCAAAGAAUAUAUCCGGUGAUGAAAUGAAGGCGAAUAUGGCUGAUUUCAGAGAUACCGUUCAACAGCUUGAUCUGGCUCCACCAACCAAAAAACUGAUGCGUUUGAAGGAAAGUGGUAAUGUAGAACGUUUAUUCCAUAACCCAGGAUGCAAUUCCCUUCGUGCUUCAUCACUUCUCAAGUUAUAUCGUUCACAUUUGGUUCUCCGUGCACGAAAUGCGGCAGCGGUGAGUGGAGAUGAUAUUCGGCGUGAUUUGGAAAUGGUUGAGAGUGUGGAGGAGGGUAUAGAACCGGAAGGAAGUGUGAUCUCUGGAUUUAUGGAUGAUCAUGUUGAUGAUUUCGAUGAGAUUGGUGGAGGUGGUCUGUCGCCGAUCGGUUCGCCAGUGGGGAUGGAGGCGAUUCCUGAAGAGGAACCUCAAGUGGUUGCGGAGGAAACAGCUACUGAAACGAGCGCAAAAGAAACAACGACACCCGCAGAUAAAAAGAAAGAACGAAGAAGUCGUGCUGAGCGAACGAUCGACGAGGAUGAGACAGUUGGUGAUGGCGAGGAUGAUCAUCGAUGGACGAAGAGAACACAGAACGUACUGAACUCGAUCGCAACCAGACUCAAAUCAUCUGCGAACGAGGAGAUCAAUCUCUCGGAUCUCCUCACGAAAGGUUCCACCCGUAAGACGGCAGCUCAGAAGUUCUACACUUUGUUGGUGUUAAAGAAGUGGCAGGCGAUCGACGUGAAACAAGAUGAACCAUACGGUGAGAUCGUAAUAACGGCUGGACCAAACAUCGCUGUUUCAUCAAUUGCGUCUUGA